AUGGCCUCCCCCCUCUUCACGAUCCCCAUCCCACCCAUCGAAUCCCACCAAGGCGGCUCGAUAGUCUGCACAUCCCCCUCCCCCAAGGUCUACCUCCUAACCUGGUCCUCGCCCCCGGACAACCGCCUCACCACCCCCUUCUGCCGCGCCUUCCUCGCCGCCCUCGACCUGAUCGAGUUCUCCCACCCGCCCGGCAUCCUCCUGACGACCUCGGCCAUCCCCAAGUUCUACUCCAACGGCCUCGACCUCGAACACGCCUUCGCCACCCCCGGCUUCUUCCCGGACCCCCUCUACCGCAUGUGGAAGCGCCUGCUGACCUACCCGAUGCCCACCGUCGCCCUCAUCCCGGGCCACGCCUUCGCCGGCGGCUUCAUGACCGCCAUGCACCACGACUACCGCGUCAUGAACCCGGCCAAGGGCUUCCUGUGCAUGAACGAGCUCGAGUUCGGCGCACCGCUGAAGCCGCCCAUGAGCUCCAUCUUCCGCAUCAAGUGCUCCCCCAGGACCUACCAGGAGAUCGUGCUCGAGGCCAAGAGGUUCGCGGGACCCGCUGCGCUGGAGGCCGGGCUGGUCGACGCCCUGGGCGGCAUGGACGAGGCGUUGAAGCUGAUUGCGGACCGGAAGCUGACGGAGAGGGCCAAGUCGGGCGUGUAUGGCGUGCUGAAGAUGGAGAUGUGGCGGGAGAGCGCGUUUUACCUGAGCAAGGAGGAGUACGAGGGUGAGGAGGCGCGGUGGGACGCGAGGGAAGCCUGGGAGAAGAAUCGGAUUGACGAGGGGAAGAAGUUUGCUGCGGACUGGAAGGCUGGCAAGGCCAAGCUGUGA